AUGACCAACGGCACCGAGUUGCCCGUUACCCAGGUCGACUUCGCACCACCUCAGGAACGGAGACCCAGCCAGCCUCCAUACGACCCUACCGGGAGCAUAGCCGGCCUUCUGCAGGUCCCAGGUGCCAAUAAUGCCAAUAACAACAAGGAGUCCACGCCCGGCUCGUCCUCGACGCCGUCGCCAAGCAGGCCCGGAUCCACGCGCGCCUCGUCCAUCAACGCCAUGAAUGCCAACACCCAAGUCCGCUACGAGGACCCGGACUUCACGCAUCCGCCCGAGCUCAACUACACCCUGCGCACACGGAAGAAGAGCAUUUUCUGGUUCUGGCUGUUGAUUAUUCUGGAUUGCGUUUGCAUGCCAAUCGCUCUAUACUUUGGUCUCUGGUACGGAACGAGCUUAUCUCACAAUGCUGUUUUCAGCAUCAGCACCGGCGCCCUCGGAAGCGUCUCGAUCUUUGAAUACUUCAUCCGUUUCCACCGGCUAUGGAAGAAGGGCUCGACUUGCCGAGUCAUUGGCGCCAAGCGCUUCUAUCUUGAUUGGUUCCACUGGAAUCUCUCCGUCGCCUGGAUAGCCGUGAUGAUCGAGCUGAUCGUCGGCACCGUGCCGGAAGAGCCGCCGAUCCGCCUGCUGGCCAUGCCGGUUCCGAGCAUGGUCUUCGCCUUCGGCGUCGAGAUGCUGGUCAUGGACAUCGCCCGCAUCGCCGGAUACCGCGCCCCGAUCCGCAUUUCGUCGCUGCCCCGCGGCUCGCCGCUGCGCCCGGGCAUCUACUCGAUCAUCGAGGACAUCUGCGCCGUCGACGGUAGCGGCGGCACCGAGUUCCGCCAGCGCCUCAACCUGCGCUACAUGGCCAGCCACCACUUCCGCCUCAUGCUGCACCGCCUCACGCUCUUCUGGGCAUUCGGUGCCUGCGCUAUCGCGGCCAUUACCACUGCCCUCAUUUUCACUAUCCAGAGGGAUGCAGCCUAUGUGGUCGGUUGGGUUGUGCCCUUCAUCUGGGCAGGUAUCUGGGCUGGAAUCACCCUGGUCUGGGUUCAGAAGAGUCUGAAGCGCGAAUAUGAGACCUGGGACGAAGUCAAGUGGAAGGCUUAA